AUGACUUGCCCUCAUCACUGUCUAAUUUAUCAGCAAAAGCCUCGUUCUUACCGAGACUUACCAUUCCGUCUAUGUGAAAAUUCUCUCCUGUUUCGUUAUGAGGCUUCGGGGGCACUGAAAGGUUUAGAAAGACCCCGCUGGUUUGAAUUAGCCGACCAUCAUAUUUUUGUUUCCCCCGAACAAUUGAAAGAAGAAUUAAAAAAAAAUUAUCUUUACAUUGCCGAGGUUUUAUCGGCCUUCAAUUUUCCCAUUUCACGUCUUGUUUACAUUUUAAUUAAUGCUUUAAAUGAGUUAAAAUUAAAUUACGUUAUUCUCCAGGGCGAAGCGGCUUUUUAUGGACCAAAAUUAGACUUGGAAAUCACGGCCGCGGACGGCAAAAAUAUUACUAUUUCCACUAUUCAGUUAGAUUUCAUUCUACCCCAAAAGUUCGGUUUAAAUUAUAUCGAUUCUGAACAAAAUUUAAAAAUUCCAGCCAUUAUUCACCAGUCGCCCAUUGGCUCUUAUCAAAGAUUUAUUGCUUUAUUAUUAGAGCAAACUGACGGCAAAUUACCUUUUUGA